AUGCUCGCCUGCCACGCGGGCGGCCCGGGUUCGAUUCCCGGCCGAUGCAAUUUUCCCUUCUUUCCUUCCUUCAAUCCUUCCUUCCUUCCUUUCUCAAUUUCUCCCUCUCUUUUUUCUUUUCUUUCUUCUUUUCUUUCCUUAUUUCUCUUUCAUUCAUUUCUUUAUAUCUUCUUUCUUUCUCUCUCUCUUUCCUUUUUCCACUGUUUUCUUCUUUCUUUCUUUCUUUCUUUCUUUCCCGGCUUCCUUCAUUUCUUCCUUCUUCAAUUUCAUUUUUCUUUUCCUUGCGAUAUUCACUUUUAUGUACCUUUCUUUCUUUCUUUCUUUCAUUCUUUCUUUCUUUCUUUCUUUUUUAUUUAUUUAUUUGAUUCUUUCUUUUCUCCUUCCUUCAUUCCUUUCUUUUAUGUAUCCUUCUUUCUUUCUUUUUUCUUUCUUUCUUUUUUCUUUCUUUUUAUUUAUUUAUUUGAUUCUUUCUUUCUUUCUUUCUUUCUUUAUUUAUUUGAUUCUUUUCUCCUUCCUUUGUUCCUUUCUUUUAUAUUUCCUUCUAUUUUGCUUUUAUUAUUUCUUUCCACACUUUUUCUUAUUUGCUUCAUUCUUUGCUGCCUUCUUCUCUGGUUUGUUUUCUGCUUUCUUUCUUUUCUUUCUUUCUUUUCUUUCGUUCUUUCUUUGAUUCUUUUCUUCUUUCUUCAUUCCAUUUUUUUAUGUAUCCUUCUUUCUUUCUUUUUCUUUGUUUGUUUGUUUCUUUCUUUCUUUCUUCUUUUCUUUCGUUUAUCUUUACUUCUAUUUUUCUUUCUUCGCUUCUUUCCUCCCUUUUUAUUAUUUGUUUCAUUCUUUUUCUUUCUCUACACCCUUCUUUUCUUCUUUCUUUUCUUCUUUCUUUCCUUCUUUAUUUCUUUCUUUCUUAUACGUUUCCUCUUUUUCUCCCCUUCCUGA